UCGCGAUACAAUGUCACAUCGAGUAAUCACAGAGGAACACAGCGCGGUCAUAAAACUUUGUGUCAAAUUAGGUGUGACGGCGACACAUACAACGAAACUGAUAAACCAAGCUUUCGGAACUACGAAACGAAGGGCAGCAAUUCAGAACUUGUACGAUGCUUUUAAAAAGAGAAAAGAAUCCCUCUGUCGUUCCUGUUAUAAGUAUAAUAUUAAAUACUACGACAAAAUCCGUAAAGUUCAUACUCGGAAUACGUCAAUUCCAUGGUUUACUGCUCAAUUUUCCCUGAAAAACCCUGAGCUUGAGUACGCUUUGGACGCAAUUAAAAAAAACGAUAUCCAUGGCCGAAUCGUGCCACGCAAGCUGACCAUAGAACAGAAGCAGGCACGCUACGAUUAUUGCACGGAUAUUAUUAACACGUGCAGGACAAAUCGCGGAUUCUUGGAUUACGUCAUCGUUGGAUGCAGGACAUGGUUACCCGUGAACGGGAGUCAAUCACUAGACAAGCCAGGAACAUCGAGGCAGGAGCACACUUGUGUACAGAAGACGUCGUUUGUCUGUUUCUACGAUUCGAGAGGCGUCAUACUUUGUGAGGCCGAAACGAUAUUUACGGAAGAAGAAAUUAAACGGUCUUCGUAUGAAGUUAUGGAGAAAGUGUGGGCUGAUAUCAAGGAGUUUAGGUCAGAAUAUAUCGUGCCAGACGAACUACCAAGAUUUUAUUUGUUGUUUGAUGAAUCACUUCACUCUAUCAUCGAAGUACGCAAAUUUUGGGCUGACAAUCAAGUGUGUGUUUUAUCUCUGCCACCCCAUUCGCCGGAUUUAUCACCGUGCGACUAUUUCAUCUUCAGCAAGAUUAGAAGAAAAAUGUCGAAUCAAGGAUUACUUAAUUAUAUAUCGUUUGCAGAGGUAAUUAUAGAGAUCGUGGAAGUAAUAUGCAAUGAGAAUCGGAAGCAUUGGUGGAAGGAUCUGCGGGAGCGGUUUGUAGGUAAAUCCAUCCAUGAGUUGCUACAGCGUGCAAAGAAAUGUAAGAAAUUAAACGGGGAUUACGUGCAGGAUUAUAUGAUUAGGCGGAGAGGCUAGCAAUAUAAACAAUUGCGUGAUUUUGUGUAAAAAAUCAAUUUUUUUCAAUGUUUCGUAAUUAUAUUCGUACGAUAUGUUAUAUAAUUACGUUCGCCGUGUUGUAUAAUUAAAAUGUCAAACGUAUGCCUCACUUAACUAUGUCAAUCAAUUUAGCAAAGGUGUCGUGCGUGUGGAGUUAUGAAAUUGUAUUAUUCUGUUUAUAUCACGUGAAUAUUUCCGCCGAAACUCCCAGCGCUAUCUUACGUCUAUCUGAGGGGUGGAUACUUUGGCACAUAUAUACCCCGUACUAUCCGUCGUAAUUUCAAAUCAAGCAAGUAGUUUGGCAGUGAAUCAGUCGCGAUACAAUGCCCCAAAGAGAGACAAUAAUCCCAAAGGAAUACCGCGCUGUCAUAAAACUUUGUUCGAAAUUAGAUGUGUCGGUGUCAAAUAUACGCAAAGUGUUAAAAACAAUUUACGGAUAUGAAUUAUCACAGCCUACAGUUCGUAACUGGAAGAACCUUUUUUGCGCGAAAAGAGAAGACAUCUCUCUUGCCUUACGUACUAGCGAUUAUACAAAAUUUGAUAAUCUCGACAUUAUCCGUAAAGUCCAUACUCGGAAUAUGUCAAUUUCAUGCUUUGCUGCUACCUUUUCCAUAAAAGACAUCCAUGAGCUUCAAUUCGUUAUGAUCGAAAGUAAAAAGGAUGUGAUUCAUGGCCACAUCGUGCCACGCAAGCUGACCAUAGAACAGAAGCAGGCACGCUACGAUCAUUGCACGGACAUUAUUGACACGCACAGGACACAUCCCAAAUUCCUGAAGUCACUAGUCGUUGGAUGCAAGACAUGGUUUGUGAAACAGAGUCCAUCACCAGUCCAUCACGUGCCAGGAGAUCAAGAGCAAACUCGUAAAGAGAAGAUAUCGUUUGUUUGCUUCUACGAUUCGACAGGCAUCAUACAUUAUGAGUGCGGCCAGAAUAUAAAGCGGAAGAGCAAGAAACGCAAGGAGUACAACCAAGGUUUUCUUUGUUGCUUGAUGAAUCACUUCACUCUAUUAUCGAAGUACGCAAAUUUUGGGCUGAGAAACAAGUGUGUGUUUUAUCUCAGCCACUGUAUUCGCCGGAUUUGUCACCGUGCGACUAUUUCCUCUUCGACACGAUUAGAACAAGAAUGUCGUAUCAAGGAUUAGUUAAUUAUACAUCGUUUGCAGAGAGAAUUAUAGAGAUCGUGGAAAAAAUACGCAACGAGCAUCGGCAGAAUUGCUUAGAUAAUUUUUGGCAGCAGCUUGUACGUAGAUCCAUCUAUAAGUUGCUAGAGCGUGCAAAGAUCUGUGAGGAAUUAAACGGGGAUUAUGUGGAGGAGGUUUGUAACAAGCAGUCGAAACAUUUGCGACAUAAAGAAUUGCGUUCUUUUAUGUAAAAAAUCAAUUUUUUUCGAUAUGUUAUGUAACUAAGUUCGAUAUGUUAUAUAAUUAAAAUGUCAAACGUAUGCCUCAAUUAAAUAUGCAUGUCAACCAAUUUAUAGCAAAGGUGUCGUGUGUGUGGAGUUAUGAAAUUAUAUUAAUCUUUUCGUAUCAUGCGAAUACUUUUAUCGAUAGAUCCAUCGUUUCUAUAAAAACUUCUAUUUAUUACUGAAGCAGAAUUUUCCUAUAAUUUAAUUGUUCCAGUUGACUUAUUUGAAAUUUGAGUGUGCGACAAAUCUAUGUGCGAAUAUGAAACGGACGCAUUAUCAUCAAUAUUACUUCAUUUUUAAUUAUUAAUACACAUUAAAAUGUCAUUCGAUAAUCGAUAAGAAUAUAGAGAAUAGAAUAUCUCGAAUAUAUAUCGAAUAUCUCGAAACUUAUACUUUAAAAGUUUAAAUCUAUCUCAACAGAGCGAAAACAUAUGAAACUUAAAGAACUCGUAUGUUUUGUGAACUAUCUUUUAUAAUGCUAUGUCCUUUUAAUAAUACGAUUUCUUUGAAUGUUAUACAUGAAGGUAUUUAUAAUGGGCUAAUCAGUUUGCGCUCGUGCUCGAUUAUUUAUUAUAUAUAUUUUUGUAGAUAAAACAUGCACGAGACGUAAGAUUGAUUCGUAAGUUUCGUGCAUAUCAUAAGAGAUAUUUUUAUUUAUUCUAGAACAUCGUUGUUGCGCUUUAUAUGUUUAUAAGUUAGAACAUUUUAUCAUAUUAUUUCACGUGUUUUACAUAUUUACUUAUAAAACUAGUUCAGUUUGAUUAGCGAUAAAGAUACAUGCGUUAAAUAAUUAAAUAAUAAUUGCGAUCGAUCUGAAAUUUUAAUUAUGAAAGACAUGUGUUUUAAGAAUACUAAUUGGCAAAGAUCUGUAAAGCUAUAUAUUUAUAUUAUACAUUAUUUAGGAAAAGUUGUCUAAAAUAUAUGUCGUAACAAUAAUUUUAUGCGAAAUAAUUUUGAUCUAAUGUAUGAACGUAUGAAUGUUAUAAUUCGUGUGUCAUAUAUUACGUGUGUUACACGAGAUAAAUAAGGCAAGGACAAAUAACCGAUCGGCUAAUUAAUAUUGUUUUGGAUUGAGGUAAUCGAAAAUAACAAAGGAUAGAGACGGCUUCCAAGAGACCGAGCAAACCGAACGCGAGUCCGCAACACGUAAAACGCGUGAUCGUAGACCAAUUAAUUGUACUUUAGUCUAUCCUUUCGAAAUAUAUAUAUUUUACACUUAUAGUAA